UUAUUAUUUCUAAGUACGACCCAAAAACCCCUCUUAUCUCCUGCUCUACACACACCCUCAGCUUAUAACUUCAGUCUUCAGACCUCACUCCACUACGUACUGUAAAACAGACACUAAUUAAUGGAAGUUUUCUCUCACUAUUCGUCCGAGUCCGAGAGUCCUACUGGCAGUUUCGGCGCGUUGCACUUGUCGGACGAGGAGCGUCAGCUGGCCUCCAGGAACCCGAAGAAGCGGGCGGGGAGGAAGAAGUUCAAAGAGACCAGGCACCCGGUGUACCGGGGAGUGAGGAGGAGGAACUCCGGCAAGUGGGUCUGCGAGGUGCGGGAGCCCAACAAGCAGUCCAGGAUAUGGCUGGGGACUUUUCCCACGGCCGAGAUGGCUGCGCGCGCCCACGACGUGGCGGCGAUAGCGCUGCGUGGCAGCUCCGCCUGCCUCAACUUCGCCGACUCGUCGUGGCGGCUGCCCGUGCCGGCCUCGGGGACGCCGAAGGACAUUCAGCGGGCGGCGGCAGAGGCGGCAGAGGUGUUUCGGCCUUCGGAUGCGACGAAGCCCGCCGUGGAAGAGAGAGAACCGUCGUCGGAGGGCGUGUUCUUCAUGGACGAGGAGGCAGUCUUCAGCAUGCCUAGUUUGCUGACAAAUAUGGCUGAGGGGAUGCUCUUGCCUCCGCCUCACUGUGUGGGCAAUGAUGGGUAUGGCGGGGAUGACAUGGAAGCCGAUGCCGUCGUUUCAUUGUGGAGUUACUCAAUAUAAUCUGAUCGUUAUUCCUAUUGUGUUAUGAUUAUAUAUAUAACGUAAUCAUGAUAUAUAAAUAGUUUUAGAAUACUGCAGAAUGGGUAGUUGGAGAUUUUCGUUGUUCAGGGAAAGACAACUUUUACUCCGUACUUGGGUUUUUUUUGUUAAGUCCGGAUAGUAUUUGUAAUCUCCCUCUCCAGUAUAUUGCUCGGAAGAAAAAAGAAAAAAAAAAUAAUGUUUAAUGGCAAAGCCAUAUCUUUUAUGCAGAAAAUAUUAUUAUUAA